AUAGAAAUAACAACACAUACUCUUGCCUGAAAACAGAGAGUUCAAGCAGUUGAGAAAAUGGCGGAAAGGAACAUGAAUGGUGGAUUUACACCACUGCUGGAAGAAAGACCGAAAGAACCAUGGAAAGGAGGAGAGGUAGUGAAGAGCAUAAUGUGUGCAGGGCCAGAUGCCAUCGUCACUUCUUUCUCCCUCGUUUCUUCCAUCUCUGCCACCCAUCAUUCUUCUGUUGAUGUUUUAGUGUUGGGUUUUGCUAAUCUAUUGGCUGAUGGAAUAUCGAAGGGCUUUGGGGAUUUUGUGUCCAGCAGAACUCAAAGGGAUGUAUCUCCCAAGAAGAGAUCAGCCACUGAGUGGGAUGUCAUCAACCAACACUGUCCCCAGAAGCAGGGAUUACUUCAACAGUAUCAAGCACUUGGAAUGGAUGUUACUGAUGCUAAUACUGUAUGCUUCUGUAACUAUUUACAUCUAUGAUCUUUAUUUAGUGCGCGUUCUAGUUCCAUCUACUAAUUAAUAGGAAUUGCAACAUUGUUGUGAUAUACAGUCAAACUCGGACCUCUCUGUUAACAUUCAUCCUCUAUAAUAACAUUUCACUAUAACGGCCGACUCUUCUUUUGGAAUAGAUUUUUCAUGCUAUGUUAUUUUCUAUAUUCUCAAUAACACCAUUUCACUAUAGCAGCAAAAAAUUAUACGGAUGAAUAACACCCGUUAUCGAGAGGUCUGAGUGUAGUUGUUGUCUCAAUCAAUUAACAAUCUCUAUUUGCUUGGGUGCAAGGUGGUGAACAUAUUUGCUAAGUAUAGGGACAUAAUGGUGGACAAGAAGAUGGCAACUGAUAAAGGAUCAUUGCCACAAGAGGAGGUUGAGAAACCAUGGCGGAAUGGGCUAGUAACGUGUGCUGCCUUCGUUUUAUGUGGCUGUGCCCCUCUUCUGGCAUUCAUUGUGCUCAUCCCAUUCACGCACAAUAACACACACAAAUUCGUAGGUGCAUCUGUGUUUUCUGCUGUUGUGCUUGCACUACUAGGUAUUGCCAAGGCCAAGAUUGCAGGUCAGAGUUGUCUUCUCCCCGCGGCCCUCACCCUUUUCAAUGGAGCCAUUGCUGGGGCUGUUGCCUAUGGUAUUGGUUGGACACUUAGGAAUGUUGCUAGGCUAGAAGACUGAUACCCACUUGAAAUGGAUAUAGGAUUUAAAGUUGAUGAGUUCCACAAACAACAACAUACUUAGUAUAAUCCCACGAGUGGAAAGUUGAUGAGUUCUACAUCGAAUAAUUAUAGAAGCACUUUAACGGAUAAGCAAGUUUGUUUAUUAUUAUUUCAAAUUGUAAUGCAAACUUGUGCUGUUUUCUCGCGUCUCCAACAGUAUAGGAAGUAAUAACUUGAACUAUCACGCAUUACUCUA